AUGUGGGGAAUCGCGCAGCAUCGAGUGAAUGAGCAACAAACGUGGCUUGUCUUUGGGGUGUUAGGUGGUUUGUAUUUAGGCUACAAGUUGCUGCCUGCGAUGUACAAAGAGAUGAAAAUUACCUGUGCUUUGGAUGCUCAACGACUGCACAGACCUAAGUCGACGCUGCCAAUUCUUGGCAACACACUUGACGUCAUGUUCUUUCAAAAAAAUCGACUGCAAGACUGGAUGGCUGAGCAGAGUCAAAUCAGCAAAGGAAGGCCCUGGGUACUUAGAAUCAUCGGUCGUCCGCAAACGCUUAUUAUCACAUCACCUGAAGCAUGUGAGGACGUUUUUAAGACACAAUUUAACGUUUUCGGUCGUGGUGACGAUCUUGUAGAUCUCCAGCAUGAUAUUUUUGGUGAAGGUGUCGCUGGUGUCGACGGAGAAAAGUGGAUUAAACAAAGACGGAUUGCGAGUCGUAUGUUUUCCAUGAAAAUGUUACGCGACGUCAUGGAAGAUGUAAUUAUUGAAAAAUCAGUGAGAUUUCGUGACGUUCUCGCGCAAUGUGCAAAAGAUAGACGAAUUGUACCCAUGAGGUCGUUGUUAGGCAAGUUCUCAAGUGACGUCUUUACUAAAGUUGGCUUUGGUGUAGAUCUUCACGGUCUGGAUGGUGAUUUAAACUCGGAAAUGGACCAUCCAUUUAUUCAGGCUGUCGAUGGGUAUGCCGAAGUCUUCGGGGCGCGUUUGCAGUCGCCAAUGUGGUAUUGGAAGCUUAAACGUUUCCUGAAUGUUGGCGAUGAACGAAUGCUCAAACGUUGCAUUAAAGUUGCCACUGAGUUGUUGAACGAAGUAGUACACGAGUCCAUUAAGUCCAAGACUGUGGACGAUUGGAAGACCAAGACAGAUUUACUGACACUUUUCAUUGAUUCGACUGGUAAAACCGACUCCUCUGAUAUUCGUGAUGCCAUGAUGAAUUUUUUUCUUGCGGGCAAGGAGACAACUAGUUUUAGUCUGGCUUGGGUUAUCGUGAAUCUAAAUCGUCACCCCCGUGUCUUGGCCAAGCUUCGUCAAGAGAUUCGCGAGAAGUUGCCCAAACUCAUGACUGGUGAAAUGCAAGCUCCAACCAUGGAGGAUCUCAGCAAGGUGCCAUACAUUGAGGCAGUACUAAAGGAGAGUUUGCGUCUUUUCAUGACGGGCGUACAUCGUGCGCCCUCACGAUCUACUACGCUUCGGGAAGGCACGUUUGUUCCGUUGGGCGCAUAUGUUGUCGUAUCAGUAUACGCUGCUGCACGGAUGACAAAUGUUUGGGGAGAAGAUGCGGCCGAAUACAAUCCAGAUCGUUGGCUUGAUGAAGAGACAGGAAAGAUGAAAUUCGUAAAUCCAUUUCAAUUUGUGACAUUUGGAGGCGGUCCACAUCAGUGUGUGGGCAUGCGCUUCGCAUUGCUGGAAAUGCAGACGGUCAUUGCUGUACUGUUCAGUCGCUUUGACAUUAAAACUAUCGAGGAUCCGUUUAAAAUUACGUAUGAUUACAGCGUCACCCUUCCCGUGAAAGGUCCACUCGAGUGUACGAUCCACGAAGCGGGAGCGCCCGCAUUCUAA